UGAAGGCUUCUCGCUCGGUCCUCUGCGUCGUCGUCAGCGCGAGAGAAGGCGAGGCCUAUCCUUCGGCUGCGAGGGGACAGGAGGGAGGCCUUCGCUCGCUCUCUGGCCUCCUGCCCUUUCUUUUCCCCCCUUCCUUCCGUAGCGCAGGGACUGCUAGGCCUUCCUCCUCGUCCUCCGCCUCCUCCUCUCUGCCCGUCCUCCUUCCUCUUUCUCCUCCCGCCGCCGCCAUUUGCUGCUUCUCCCCGGCGGCUCCAGCGUCGGCGAUGGGGACCAGGCUGCUGGGGCUGAGCAGCAGCGGCAGAGCGGGCGGCCCGGUGGCCUUGGACGGCGCCGCGGGGAUGCUGAGGGAGCUGGGCGGCUUCUUCUUGGUGGCCUUCUCUUGACAUGGCUCCGGCCCGGCCCGCUUCCCACAGCGCCGCCACCGACGCCUCCUCGGCCCCGCCCGCCGGCUGCGGGUAGACAGAAACAGACAGACAGACAGACACGCCGCCAUACUCCUCCGCCGCCGCCUCCUCGGGCCUCUCUCGAUUCAGACAAAAGAGGGAAGCUGUCACACUUUGCUCUUCCAGGGGGUGAUUCGGAAACAGCUCCAAACCGUCAGCACACAAGUAAUAAUAGAGGACAAUCCUUUAUUAUUAUUCUUGUUGUUGUGAUCUUAUCCUUCCCCAUUUCUUGUGAGAGGAAACUUUAAUAAUUGUUUUCCCUUUGGGCGCUUUUUCUCCCCCCUCCCUUGUUGUUCUUUAUCAAGGAGAGCAUGGAGGCCUCGUUGUGAGGAGCACAGGCCUCAGGAAGAGAAAGGCAAAGGCUCAGCCCCAUGUAAGCUGGUGCCAGGCGGUGGAGGGAAGAGGAAAAGGAGGAGGAGGACUUCUCACCUUCCAGGGCAUCGGUGGAGGGGAUGUAGGCCAAGACCGAGAGCUCGACUCUUGGACCCCAGCCUUUGGGCCAGAGAGUAGCACCUUUGAGGGCCCCCCUUCUUGAUACCCUCCUUGUCUCAAUGGCCAUCAUGAUCCCUUUCCUUCUCUCUGACAGACCCAGCCUCAGGGCGGCCACGUGCCUCAUUACGAGCAGGAUGAAGUUAGAAAUGACUCUGCCCUUUGCCAGACCUUUGCAAACCAGCACCUUGUUGUCUGUAGCCGAUGAUGAUUUUCUCCUUGGUAGGGAAGCGUCUUACCUCCCGGGACAUCCACGCCAGUUCUGCCACCCUUCCUUUGCUUUCUACCAAAUCUAAAAUUCUUCCUUUUUUAAAAAAAAUAAUAAUAAAUAAAGCCAGGCAGCAUAGCAAUAUAAAGAAAAAAAUCUUGAUAAUAAUAAUCAGCAGAGUCAUGAAUCUGGGCGGGGUAGAACACUGUCUUUGAUUUUCUGUUUUUGUUUGGGUUUUGGGUCAAAACCAACAGCGCCCAAAUGGAUUGGGUCCAUGCCCAUGCCGAUUCCGGGUUUUUUUUACUCAUACAAAUUGUGAUAAGAUUUUCCCCCCAUUCUUGCCCAUUUCUCCCCGUGGUUUAAACUGUUGUCUAUCAGUGUAUUUUCUUCAAAUUUCUUUGGGCUUUUAAUAAUACUGCACAAGCGUUUUUUGUCCAACGAUGGUUGGGCGACUCCUUAUUUUGUUUUAUGACCCCUCUAAUAAGACAGUCUCGUAGAACAAAUGCCAGAGGUGCAUUUUUUUGGGUUGCGCCUGAGUUUUAUUGAUUCAGCCGUAUGAGCAGGAAUAAAAUGACUUAUUUCUGUUGUACUCGAGUCUUAUGAGAAAAGGGCCCAUAGCUUAGUGACGGUUUCCAAAGGCUUUAGUACCACCUGUAUUACAAAAUGGGGGACCCAAACUCCCGGAAGAAACAAGCUCUGAACAGACUUCGUGCUCAGCUUAAAAAGAAAAAAGAAUCUCUAGCUGACCAGUUUGAUUUCAAGAUGUAUAUUGCCUUUGUAUUCAAAGACAAGAGGAAAAAGUCAGCGCUCUUUGAAGUGUCUGAAGUGAUACCAGUAAUGACCAAUAAUUAUGAAGAAAAUAUCCUGAAAGGUGUGCGGGAUUCCAGCUAUUCCUUGGAAAGUUCCAUAGAGCUUCUACAAAAGGAUAUAGUACAGCUGCAUGCACCCCGUUAUCAGUCUAUGCGCAGGGAUGUGAUUGGCUGUACACAGGAAAUGGACUUCAUUCUUUGGCCUCGGAAUGAUAUUGAGAAGAUAGUCUGUCUUCUAUUUUCUAGGUGGAAGGGAUCGGAUGAUGAGCCCUUUAGGCCGGUUCAGGCCAGGUUUGAAUUUCAUCAUGGUGACUAUGAAAAACAGUUUCUGCAUGUACUGAGCCGAAAGGACAAGACUGGAAUUGUUAUCAACAACCCUAACCAGUCAGUGUUUCUCUUCAUUGACAGACAGCACUUGCAGACUCCAAAAAACAAAGCUACAAUCUUCAAGUUAUGCAGCAUCUGCUUGUAUCUGCCACAGGAGCAGCUCACCCACUGGGCGGUUGGUACGAUAGAGGAACACCUCCGCCCUUACAUGCCAGAGUAGGGCACUGGCCAGCAAAAUGGGGAAGAUCACAGAAUGCAGGAGUGUGUUUUUUCACUUUUCUCGCCAUUUAUUCUUUCGGAGUUGAAGAAAAUGGACACAUGUUCAGAACACUAUCCAUCGUGGAACUUGAUCAUCCUGGAUUUUUUUUUAAUCAUUUGUAUCUCAGAACUUUAAAUUUUUUUUAGAUGUUUUCUGCAUGGACCUUGUGAAAGAGAAUGCUCUGCAUAUUUCUACAUUGUAUGAGCAUCCUACCAAAAUGUGAAAUGAACGGACUGUAAUACACUGAAAGAAAUGUAUCUGAGAGCACAAAGUGAUCAUUUAUGGUGGUGUUCCCAUUUGUGCUGGUCAUGUCCCCCAAUAUCAGUAUUCAUAGGGUGAGAAGUGAAUGUAAUGGCGUAAAAGCCUUAUAAGCUUUGCCGUUAACAUGAUUGUAUCAGCUGUGUCAGAUUCAUUCUGAUGAAAGUUUAUGGCUUGUUACAGUAGCUGGCUAACCAUGGGAAAGAAAUCUCAAGGAAUAAAAGCAUCUCAUUUGGUGUAGGCACUAUUUGCCUCUCUUAUUUUGCUUGGCCAUGUUUUAAGUUUAUUGGCAUUCUCAUUUUUGGAUCUCUUUCCCCAGUUUGCUGUAUAACUAAAUGUAGAGUGUUCUGUUGAGUUGAAUACAUUUUUACAGACCUGGAGUCUGAAGUAGCCUAAAGCAGCUAAAUUUAAAAUAGGAGCUGCAGAAACUAUAUUGGCAGAGGAUUAUUUUUUUUUCCUGAGAGUUGACUCCUUGCUGGUGAACUACGUAGGAAAUACUGGUUUCCAAAACAUUUCUUACAGAAAACCCUCUGAAGUUCUUUUUGGGAAUGGGGGUGGGGCAGGGAGGGUGGAAUAAGAUAUUCUAAAGCAGUUGUGGAUUUAAUUGUAAAAUAUUGUUUGGAGUGUCAAAGUUGGUUUGACAACAUAUUUUGUUUAAGAUUGUGCAAUGAACAUAAGAAAGACUACUGUAUAGUUUUGGCAAAGAAUGCUUUGCUUAAGGGUUGAGUAAUUUUACUGAAGUAAAUCUGUAUAAGCCUACUCCCUUUGGGUAAUCUAGUGCUUAUCUGUUCAAAAUUUGUAUUUAGCUUUUGUUUGGAAUUGGAAAAAAGAAAUAAAUUAGUUGAACCAUGA